AUGGCGGAUCAUGAGUCGCUUCCGCAGACCGCGGCGGAGGGCAAGACGACGACGAUGAAGGAGGCGUGGGACUACAAGGGCCGCCCCGCCGUCCGCGCCUCCUCCGGCGGGUGGUCAUCCGCCGCCAUGAUCCUGGUGGUGGAGCUGAACGAGCGUCUGACGACGCUGGGCGUGGCCGUGAACCUGGUGACGUACCUCGUCGACACCAUGCACCUGGGCGGCGCCGCGUCUGCCAACGCUGUGACCAACUUCCUGGGCGCGUCCUUCAUGCUCUGCCUCCUGGGUGGCUUCGUGGCCGACACCUACCUCGGGAGAUACCUCACCAUCGCCAUCUUCACGGCAGUCCAAGCUGUGGGCAUGUGCAUCCUGACCGUGUCGACGGCGGCUCCAGGGCUGCGGCCGCCGGCGUGCACGGACCCCACUGGCCCCAACCACAGCAGCAGCUGCGUGGAGCCCACCGGUACGCAGCUGGGCGUGCUGUACCUGGGCCUGUACCUGACGGCGCUGGGCACGGGGGGUCUCAAGUCCAGCGUGUCGGGGUUCGGCUCCGACCAGUUCGACGAGUCGGACGGCGGCGAGCGGCGGAGCAUGGCGCGCUUCUUCAGCUGGUUCUUCUUCUUCAUCAGCAUCGGGUCGCUGCUGGCCGUGACGGUGCUGGUGUACGUGCAGGACCACCUGGGCCGGCGCUGGGGCUACGGCGCCUGCGUCGCCGCCAUCCUGGUGGGCCUGCUGCUCUUCCUGGCGGGCACACCCAGGUACCGGUUCAAGAAGCUGGUGGGGUCACCGCUGACGCAGAUUGCGGCGGUGACGGCGGCGGCGUGGAGGAAGCGCGCGAUGGCGCUGCCGUCGGACCCGGCAAUGCUGUACGACGUGGACGACGCGGUGGCCGCCGGAGAGGACGUCAAGGGAAAGCACAAGAUGCCGCGCACCAAGCAAUGCAGGUAA